AUGAAAUCUCAGGCUGCAACAGAAAGGCUGAGAUAUUUGAUUAAAGAACACAAAAUCUCUUUUGUGACUCUUCAGGAACCUUUUAUCAAUGAAUCAAAUUUAGAAUCAUACAAAGUAAAUCUUGGGAUGCAAGGUGCUUAUGCUAAUGUGAAUAACAAAAUUUGGAUCUUUUGGGGGAAUGAUCUGGAGUGCUCCGUCUUUUGUUCGGAAGACCAAAUGGUCACUUGUAGAAUCAAAACUCAUGCUAAUCAACAAGUAUAUAUCUCCGUGGUGUAUGCUAAGUCAAGAUCAGCAGGCAGGGAGGAGCUAUGGAGAUAUAUGAGAGUUUUUGCCUCGACUAUUAAUGAUCCAUGGAUGAUAUGUGGUGACUUCAACUGCAUAUUGUCUAUGGACGAAAAGAAAGGAGGAAAGCCAUACAGUUUCAAGAAAAGUUUGCCUUUCAUUGAAUGUAUCCAAGAUUGUGGUGUUAAAGAUAUUGGCUUCUCAGGGAAUAUCUUUACCUGGUCAAAUGAAAGAAAGGCGGAGGAUGUGAUUUGGAAAAGGCUGGAUAGGAUUCUGUGUAAUGAGAAAUGGAAUGAGGCUUUUAACAUUAAUGAUAAUAUACAUCUUGCUAGAAUCAGUUCUGAUCAUUGUCCUCUCCUGAUCACCUGUAAGAACAGUCAACAGUCAUAUGUUAAGUACUUUAGAUUCUUGAAUUUCUGGACAGACAUUGAAGGGUAUCAGAAUAUUGUGAAAGAUAACUGGAUCACACAUACAAGUGGUAAUAUAUUUUGGGAGCAACUUGAAGAUGAAGUGAAAACCAAAGAAGAAAAAUAUAUGAUAUCGAUGGAUGAAGUUGACAGAAUGCAGAUGAACAAAGGAAAAGCUGAGCUGAUUAUGCAACAUAAGCAUGUAGAUAAUUUUUGGAGACAAAAAGCCAAUCUCAAAUGGAACUUGGAAGGAGAGGAAAACACUAAAUUUUUCCAUGCAGUGGUUAAAGGCAGAAGGAAGUAUCUGCAGAUCAGAAGAGUUUGUGAGAAUGGAGCAUGGAUAGAGGGAGAGGAGGAAAUUGGAAAUCUUUGCAGCAAAGUUUUAUCAGAACUUAUUCACACAUCAGGAUACACAUAUUGA